AUGGCUAAUGGCCUGGCUAACAACCUAGCGUAUGAUGGUGCAGCCUGGAGUGCACAAUCUUAUGGUGCCCCGUUCUCUGCUUCAUGGGCCACUGCCCCCCCUUCUUCACCAUAUGCUACAGCUGAAUGGAGUGGCUAUUCACCUGCUGGUCUCUCAGCAUCUUAUGGCGGUGGUCUGGCUGUAUCUAGCGCAUCUCCUGCCGCCCCUACUGGAGUAGCGAUAUCAUCCCAAAACGCUUAUGAGGGCGCUCUGGCUGUGUCUGGGGCAAUGCCAUAUUUAGGAUCUACAGCUUUGGAAGGAGCUUUACCCACAGCUGGGGCAGGUGCUGUCUAUUAUGGUUGUGGCAACGGCAAUGUUGGUAUGCUGAGUGAAGAUCUUGCUGGUUAUAAUGCGCUGGGAGCAUACGGCUACGGUCCAGCGGAGUUAGGCUACGGAUACGCUCCUAUGUCAUAUGAAGCAAGACCUGCCUACAGUUCCUACGGCUACGGGGGAUAUGAAUGCGGGUUUUAC